AUGGCCCUUCUCUCCUGGCUCCUCCCCACUGGCCGCGUCGCCUUUCACCAUGCUCCAAAAACUGCCCUACUACCCUGCAAGAGCUCCUACGCUGGUGACUCGAAGUAUAUCUCUCUCAUAGACCUCUGCAAAGCUGCCACGCCACCUACAUGUCAGCUCAACCCCUUGCUAUUCAACGGGCAUUUACAAACCGCCUGGACAGUAGUGAAAAACGACGAUAUUCCUGUGUUCUAUAAAAGAUGGAGAUUUGAGGCCAUUGACCCAAACUUCAGCGGCAGCUUCGAAGUCGACUUUGUCGUUGAUCCGUACGAUGUGGCGGUUGUCUCCAGUUUGGAGGAGAAUAAGGGCCUUCCUCCUCGAACGACAUUCUACACAGAGAGAGAGUUCGCCGACCUGCCAUCCGAUGAUAAGAAGCCUAUGCUAGUUAUUUUGCAUGGUCUAUCUGGCGGUUCUCAUGAGCUGUAUCUUCGACAUGUGGUUUCGCCCUUAUUGGAGAUGGGAUGGGCCGCCUGCGUGAUAAAUUUCCGUGGAUGUGCCCAAUCUAAGGUAACAAGCUCGAUUCUAUACAACGCGCGUGCAACCUGGGACUUGCGACAGCUCGUGAAAUGGCUGAGCCAAAAAUUUCCGAAUAGACCUUUGUUUGGAAUCGGUUUCUCACUCGGUGCGAAUAUUUUGACCAAUUAUCUUGGAGAGGAAAGCGAAGCCUGUUGUCUAAAGGCUGCUGUGAUAUGUUCAAACCCCUGGAAUCUCGAGACCGGAUCGCUGGCGCUGCAGCGCACUUGGAUCGGCUCAGAGAUAUAUUCCAAAACCAUGGGUUCAAAUAUGAAGCGCCUUUUUGAACGACAUAUUAGUUCUAUUGAAAAGCACCCUCGUGUCAACGUGGAGCAGGUUCGGAGCUCCAGGUAUCUACACGAAUUUGACAGAGCGCUACAAGCCCCCGUAUGGGGCUACCCUACGGAAUCUGCCUACUAUCGAGAUGCGUCGUCGAUUGACUCGCUAUUCGCCAUUAAGAUACCUUUUUUUGCUAUUAACGCAGAAGAUGACCCCAUUUCUGUUAAAGAAGCUCUUCCAUACCUUGAAAUUGAGCAAACGCCAUAUGGUGUUAUGUGCACGACCACAUGGGGUGGCCACUUGAGUUGGUUUGAAAGUGACGGGUCAAGAUGGUUUACUAAACCUGUUACUGGAUUUCUCAAUAAGAUGGCCACUGAGAUAGAUCUUGAUCUGCCUGUUCGGGUAGAGUCAGGACUCUCAUCACAGCAAGUUCCAGUAACCCUGGCGCCGAAAGUCGAUGGUCCUAUCCCUAAUUUCCAACCUAUGCGGCGGAAAUGCAAAAUGCCGCUCGCGCACAAAGAGGGCGAAUGA